UGCACAUAGCUGUAAAGUUCUUCGUGUUCGGUUACCCCGCGCUGUGCCUUUUUAAAGUCCUAACAACUGCAUUAGUCGGACUUAACGUGGAGCUAUAAUACAUUUCUUAUCUGGCUCGCAUUUUAUAUUCGCCACUUUCUUAACUAGUACCAUGGCAUCAAACGUAGAGAGAAUCAAAGUCGAGAGAGACGAAGAGGAGUUGACAACACAGGAGCAAAAAGCAAUUGUUUUGCUCCCCGCAGAGAAACUUCUGCGCGAGUUUCUGCUCGAAUGUGCUCAGCAUUUUCCGGGCCUCGAGAUUUGGAUCACGGGUGGCUGGGUUCGAGACCGCUUGCUUGGCAUCCCUUCGUCGGACCUCGACUUAGCACUCAGCAAGGUGACAGGGAGAGAAUUCGGCAAAUUUCUCGAGAGGUUCUCCGCUGAGCCGGAGAUUGAAUCCAAGUACCGUAUGAAGGCUGAUGAAUUGGGCAUCCCUGAUUGCAAGUUCACCCGGUUUCACGUGAUGGAAAGAAAUGCCGAGAUGUCUAAAAAACUCGAGACAGCCGGUGGAAACCUAUUCGGGUUGGAGGUUGACCUAGUGAAUCUUAGAAAAGAGGUGUACGACAGCCAGAGCCGGACUCCAGAUAUGGAGUUUGGCACUCCCGAGGAAGAUGCAUUCCGUCGCGAUGCUACUGUCAAUGCCAUGUUCUUUAAUCUAGAGAAGCAGGAGGUUGUAGACCUCACGGGUAGAGGGCUUCAAGAUCUAGCUGCGAGGAUCAUGAGGACGCCUCUGGAUCCACGCCAGACCUUCAUGGACGAUCCACUGCGGGUGCUGCGACUCAUUCGGGUUGGUAGUAAACUCGGCUUUGGCCUACACCCGGAGGUUACUCGAUAUAUGAAGGAAGACGAGAUACGGCGAGCACUGGACACAAUGAUCACGCGUGAUAGGAUCAACAUUGAACUGUUCAAAAUGAUAAGGGAUGCAAACGCAGCGGUUGCCUUUAAGCAUAUUUUCGAAUCUAAUCUUUACACGCCCGUCUUCCUCCGCCUUGAUUCAUCCCUACUAGACACCUUAGAAACCGAAUUCCCUAUUCUAGGAUUAUCCGCGUCGCCGCCAUGGCCAAUAACGUGGCCACGGGCUUAUAGACUCCUUGCCCACCUCUUGAAAGAUAGCAGUACUAUGGGGAAGAUGGUUCAGUCUGAGGAGAACGUCGAUCAUGUCUGGGUUAUGGCUGCUUAUGCACCGAUUGCUGGGCUCCGGCAAAAUUUGCUCGGACAGGCGAUCCAGGAGGCGACGACUGCCCUCAGACUCCCUGCCAAGAUUUCUAAAGUCCUUGAGAGCGCGCUCAGGAACUUCGAUUCCAUUCUGGAGAUUCUGGACACCACUACAACACAAUCGGCAAAGACUCUUUCACGAAGCCUUGUUGGCAUGGCUAUUCGCUCCUGGGGCGCGACUUGGAGCACGCAAGUGACGUACGUUAUGCUAGCCCAGGUGGUGUACGCACCGCAAACCUCGACAAAAUCAGUGCCUUCCGCGUACGAUUCCUCAAUGGACGAGUUUCUCACAGGACCACUUCUCAAGCGAUUUUCUGCGUUUGCCGAUUUUGUGGUGGAUCAAGACUUGCGCGAUGCUCACCUCCAACGCCCAUUAUUGAAUGGCAAUGAGAUCCAAAUACUUUUUGGUCUGCAGAAAGGGGGAAAGUAUCUCAAAAGCGCGCUUGACGGACUGAUGGCGUGGCAGCUCGAACAUGUCACUGGUCAGGUCGAAGAUGCGAAGGCUUGGCUCCUUUCGCAGCAGGAGAGAUUUGACAUUCCUUCUUAAAGCAUCAAGCCAAACUGAACAUUACAACACGCUUACUAUGCACCCACAUGGUUCCUCACGAAGGCGGAGAGCACUGAAGCUAACCAGACUAACUGAAUUCUUCCUCCUAUUCAGAUUCAAUAACACGAGAAUAGAUGUUGUAUUGUGUGACCUUAUUGUACGAUAAUACAUAACGUCGGACCAGCUCUGGCGGUCACUUUUUCGAUUCUAUGUAGAUGUUCUUAUUGCACCACAAUAAGAUAUGGCGAUAAGACGCCGGGUACCAGAGGCGUGGCAUUUAUGGAAGCGUACAUUAGUUAAGCUGCUCUUCAAGGGGCUCAGCCGUGAAAGUGACUUGGACUUUGCCCAGAAGACCGACUAUACAGCUAUCCCUAGUGGAGUAGGGAGCGAGUAAAUCUUUAUAGGUAUAAUCAUAAUAAUGUCACGAUUACGACCCUCGUGAUCCUACGGUUAUAGACAAAGAAAAUGGUUGUACAUAGCACCAAGGAGCUACUGUAUUUAGCUCAUACCACUCUCUAUGAAUGACUCACCCUGUCCGACUAGUCGAAAAGCGAGCUUGUGGUGAUACAGCAGGUUCGGUGCUACAGUCCGAUUGAUGCUUACAUCAGACGGGUAAUAGAUUGAGCACCGCGGAAAAGCUCUACGCAUCUGGAUAACCGAAUUCUGGAAAGGGAGUCAGCUGCGUGAAGAAAGGUUGAAGAGGGCGUAGAGGCAAAGCUCAUCAAUUAGUUAUUAUUGUCUUGUCA